AUGCCUCUAAACUUACAAGGUGUACGGCAGUACUUAAGCGAGCUUAGAAAUUCUGGUGGUUUGCACAAAGAUCAAGCUGAGAAGUACCGCAAUGUUCUCAUGGAAAUUUUAAAAAGUUCCGAGACUGAACUAGCAGACUCACUCAAAGCGUUUGUGGAAGCAAUUGUGAAUGAAAAUGUCAGUUUGGUCAUAUCCCGCCAGCUGCUAACAGAUGUGAGCACUCAUUUAGCUCUUCUAACUGACCAUGUUUCCCAAGAUGUAUCACAUUUUGCUCUGGAUGUUAUACAGCCAAGGGUCAUUUCCUUUGAAGAACAGGUGGCCAGCAUCAGACAACAUUUAGCUGAUAUCUAUGAAAGAAACCAAAAUUGGAAGGAAGCUGCAAAUGUACUAGUUGGGAUACCAUUGGAAACAGGCCAAAAACAAUAUUCAGUGGAUUACAAGUUAGAGACAUAUCUGAAGAUAGCAAGGCUGUAUCUGGAAGUUGAUGAUCCGGUUCAAGCAGAAGCUUUUGUGAACAGGGCGUCACUGUUGCAGGCUGAAACUACUAAUGAACAACUACAGAUUUAUUACAAAGUUUGUUACGCCAGAGUUCUAGAUUAUAGAAGGAAAUUCAUAGAAGCAGCCCAGAGGUAUAAUGAGCUUUCAUAUCGUAACAUUAUACAUGAAGAUGAGAGGAUGACGUGUCUUAGGAAUGCACUCAUCUGCACAGUACUUGCGUCAGCUGGUCAGCAGCGAUCAAGAAUGCUAGCAACCUUGUUCAAAGACGAAAGAUGUCAACAGUUACCUGCAUACUCAAUUUUAGAGAAAAUGUACUUAGAUCGUAUUAUAAGACGUUCAGAAUUACAUGAAUUUGAGGCACUCAUGCAAACUCAUCAGAAGGCCUCAACAUCUGAUGGUUCUACAAUUUUGGACCGUGCAGUGUUCGAACACAACUUGCUCUCUGCCAGCAAACUAUACAAUAAUAUAACAUUUGAAGAACUAGGCGCUUUGCUCGAGACGCCCCCUGCUAAGGCCGAGAGGAUCGCCAGUCACAUGAUCAGUGAAGGACGAAUGAAUGGAUACAUAGAUCAGAUUAGCUCAGUUGUGCAUUUUGAAACUCGUGAAAUUCUGCCUCAAUGGGAUAAGCAGAUCCAGAGCCUAUGUUAUCAAGUGAAUAGCUUGAUAGAAAAGAUAGGUGCUGCUGAGCCGGAGUGGAUGGCAAAGCUCAUGGAAGAAGAAAUGAUUCAGUAG